AUGAACCCAGUGGAACAUCUGCCCACUGAGAGCAACAGGUGGAGGCUGGGGUUCCCCACCAUCUGUCUGUCCCGGUUCUCCCGGUGGCUCCAGGCUCUGGAGCACCAGAGGGGUGUGGUCUUCCCCAGGGACCAGAGGGCUCCAGUCGCAGAGCAGCGCCCCUGUGCCUUUGUCACCUGGUCAGACUGGGACCUGGGGGUGUGUCUGCUGUAUGAGUGUAAACGGAAGCAGCUCCACAAACCUGCUGUUCUGAACAGCUGGAUAGACCUGAGAGCUACGUACAGGCUGUUCUACAACCGAAAACCCAAGGGACUGAAUGGAGCUUUACAGGAUCUAGGGAUACAAUUCUCUGGACGGGAGCACUCAGGUCUGGACGACGCCCGCAACACUGCCCACCUGGCCUGGAGGAUGAUGAGGGAUGGCUGUGUGAUGAAGAUUACGCGCAGUCUGGAGAGGGUGAGUGGCUUCCUGACGAACCCCCACUACUACACCCCCAGUACUAACGACCCCACCGUGCUGACGACCCCUGGACUACUGUACUACGCCCCUAAAGACUCACCCAGGGGAAGUAUGGAGGAGGACGUGCCCAUCUUGGUGGAAACGGAGUCGUGCGGUUCGUAUGACGACGUGGUAUUGGAGGAGGACUGCGAUGUCAUGGUUGGUGACGAGGCUUCUGUUGCUGAUGUGUACACAGAGAACGAGAGGCUGCACGCAGAGACGCCAAAAGCAUCUUUCACGAUCCACAAGGACUCCUCUUGCCUCUCUUCUGUCUCUCGUACUUCUGUCGGUGGAUCGUUCUCCAUCCUCUCCUCGUCCGUUAACCGGUCCUCGUUCCCGCCGACCCGCAGCACCAAGAUCACGGCCCCGCUGUGCGACUGUGGGCGGCGAGCCAAGCGUCUAACGGUGUGUAACGGCGGCCCGAACCAAGGCCGAGCGUUCUACUGCUGUGCGGUGCGUAAACACGGCCCUGGGGGGACCAGGAAGGGAUGUGAGUUAUUUAAUUGGGAGUCUGCUCUCCUCCAGACUAAAUCACCAGCCUCCGCUGCCGCCUCCAUCGCUCUGUGUUUUGGUCUCAACUCCAGUGUCGUUCGUCCCCCUGUCAUCAUCUAG